AUGAGCACCGCCGCCUCAUCAGGGCAGUACCCCGUCAAACGCUUCCCGCUCGACCAGCCCCUCGAGUGGAGCGCGCGCACCACCUCGUCGCUCAUGCAGGACCUCGUCCGCCGCCGCGAGGUCAUCUUCGACAAGCAGCGCGAGGCCGACGACGGCACGUUGCAGGACCGCUCGGACAAGCUCGCCAUCACCAACCUGUCGAAAGGCCACCGCGCCGACCGGGCCGCCCUCGCCUCCUACAAGCGCUUCUGCACGCUCGCCGACAUCCCGCCAUACCCCUUGACCUACGCCGUCAUUGCCCUCGCCCUGUUCGCGCGCUGCUCGGCCGAGGACGUGUUCGACCGCUCGCUCCGCAGCGUCCUCCUUCGGCUCAAGGACGAGACGGGCCAUUUUUGGGCGGCGCACUCGGUCUACAAAGAGCUGUGCGAGGAGGACUCGCAAGGCGAUGCUCUCGACGAGUUCGCGAGGGGCCAGGCGGGCAAGAAGAAGGCGACGAACGUCGCUCGCAGCGUUGCCGGACCCUCAAGUGCACCAAGGAGACCCCGACCGAGCUACGUCGGCCAGGACCACCUCGGCCCGUCGUCGUCCAGCGUCGGUUUGCGCAAGCGCAAGCUCGUCGAGAUCGUCAGCUCGAGCGAGGACGACUACAUGGACGAGGACGACGAGACGGACGAGCGCGUCGGUGAGUGGCCGCAGCAGCUGCCGAGUACGCGCUCGGUGAGGGAGGACGGCCGAGCCUCAGCGUCGAGCGAGGCGCACCAGCACGUCGACCUCGGGUACCACCGUCAACCUCCGCCACGGCGUACCUCGCCUCGUCCUCCCCCUCCCGUCUCGCCGGCUCCCGACGCCCUUCACUUUGCCGCGUCGACCUCGCCUGCCGCCCUGUCGUCGACCCUCAAUGACUCGAACCAGGACGUGGUCGACUUUCUGCGCCGCCUCGGUCCUUCUCUCGUUCCCCUCGCGCCCUACCUCGCCGUGGCCGGCCUCAACUCGGUCGAGGACCUCGUCGCCCUCAUGAAUUUCGAGCCUACGACGCUCGCUCUCCUCUUCUCCGAGCUUCGUCACGUCGUGCACCCGGUCAGCAAGUCGCGCCCGUCGGUAAUUCAGCUCAAGCUGCUGCACAAGCGGCUCGAGGAGGAGAGGGCCGGGCUGCAGGUCGUGCGCCGCUGAAGGAGGGCGCCUCAGGGGGUCGAGCAGGAGGGGAGGGUCUGUAGAUGCCGCGCUUGCACGUUCUCUCUGCGCUU